CGAUCUAUGAGCCGUCUGGCUCGGACGGAUCUUACAAGCUCGGUACGAAGCUUUUAACACAUACAUACAUACAUUGCAAACUCUUGCUUUAACCUGCUUUGUUUCCCCGUGUUUCAUGGCACCUCUUCUGCCAUAUGACAGCGUCAUUCUAGUUACAAACUUACAAUCCAAGGGAGUUGUGACAGUCAUAAGGACAGACUCUCCUUAUACCCGCUAGUCAUUACAUUGUAGCCCACAGUUGUAAAUUGCGCAAACAUAUUUCUUUGAGGCGUUCGGUUUAUCAAUCACCAUGGAAGUGUCUCUUGUGAACCCCUACGUUGCGGCCGCUAUAUCUGCGCUUUUUAAUAACACGAAGGACUCAGACUGUGUUAUUGUACUCUACAAAGAGGCAGAAGGUUCGGAACCUUCUUUGAAGCAACGCCGCCUGGAGGAUGGCGAUGUUGAACCGGGCGCAAGCAAUGGCUUUGGUGACCCGCUGCCCGGUCAUCAAUUUGUGCUGCGCCAUGCCUCAGAUUGGUUCGAGGCACAGUUAGAACGCUGGAACAGCAGUGAGGGCCAGGUGCAUAGCAAGGAUGUCUCACCUGCAGCAGAUGGAUCCAAGUCCGAUGCUGAUAGCCGCCCCGUGCUGCGCAUUCCGCUUGGCAGCGAGGAGGAGGUGCCUAGCACCCAUGCGGCCAUCCAGUUCGCCUACACGGGAAGGGUGCAAGCGAGCACCGUGCGUCAAAUGCUUGAAGUACGGCGACAGGGGGCAUAUUUGCAGGUUAAGGGAUGCGCUGACGCGUGCGAUGCCAAGCUGAAGGCUGCCGUGGAGGGCAGUGGUGGAAAUGGUGUUGACCUGAACCACCCUCCAGCAGCCCUGCAACUGUACGCAUGCUCAGCGCUCUGGCCUGACCUAACAGAUCCAAGCUUCACCGCUGUCAUGGCAUCUGCCAAGCCACAGCUUGUGUCGUACUUUGGCGACGCGCUGCGCGUCCUCAACACGCCCUCCCUCCGCCAGCAGCUGCUGGAUCUGCCGGCGGUGGCGGUGGAGGCGCUGCUCGAGUCGGACAGCUUCGGCACCGACAGCGAGUCCAGCGUGCUGCUGCUUCUGGCCGCCUGGAUGAAGGUCAACUACGACAAGACGGACAAAGCUGCGCGUGGGAGGUUGUGCCAGCGAGUGCGGCGGUUGCACCUAAGCAAGUCAUACGUGUACGAUAUACUCCCCGCUCUGGCACAAGGCUACGAGGUGUCACCGAACAAGCCAGCUGGCUGGUUUCAAAUGACGUUCACGACGGCUGCUUUCCUUGGCCGCCUGUACGGAUCCACGGAGGAAGAACAUGAGCGUCUGCUGGAGGAAAAGAAGGAGCGAGUGUCAGGCUUUCCAAGGUCGAAGGCGUACAGCGCAGUGUCUCGCCGACAGUGCCUGCCGGAGGAGGGCCUUACGUAUGACUGGUUUGUAACUCAGGAGCAGCUAGAAGAGAAACUGGGUCAGCUCAACCCGGGCAGUCACGAAAAUGUACGGGUUACACUCGUUAACGGCAUGAAAGCCGUUACUGCUCACGGCUUCGAAUGGCAGGUGACCCUCAGUUACUCACCUGGCAGUGAGGCUGCGGGAUUGAACCUGUCUUGCCAGAUCCCGGCAGCUUACACGCCACAUAAGUCCCUAUACGUCCGCCAACGCAUUCCACCUAUGCCCAGCAUUUCAGCAAUGCUGGAGGUGGACCGCUGGCGCAACGGUGAGCGCACGGAGGGAGUGGCUUCAUCCUUCGACGUAGAAGAGCUCCUGACUGUUGGGAACUACUGGGGCAAUGAUGACGGGUUGCCCCUGCAGCGACCGCCACAGCAUGGGGCUGCUAGGGCCGGGGGCGACGCCGGCGGCAACGCGCGAGGCGGUCAAGGCAGCACCCUUGCGGCUGCGUGGUCGGAGUAUCUGCACGAUGGGAAGAUUACCGGCAGGAUAGUGCUGCUGCGGCCGGACACGAACUGAAGAGCCUGGGCUGGAGGGCUAGUCGUCAAUUUAUGUGACGCUUACCUUGCAUACCUUGCAAGAUGUUGCGGUUUUCACACGCUAGCAUUGCAGCGGUGUCCUUGAAGCUACAUUCUGGCGUUAGCUGAGGGCGGCGCUGUGGAUUCGGCCUGUGACGAAGACAAGGCGUUCACUGUGCAUUGGAUUUCAUUAGCUACUAGGAGAGGCCGGGGGGAUAUCGGUACUGGAAGCGCGAGUGAAAGGUUGUAGAGUGAUGAGUACAGGCUGCCCAUCGGUGCAUAAUGCUAUACCGGUACGAUGAGCGCACCACAGCGCAUGGGCUGGACACACCGCAAACGUGUGUAGCCCGACUUGCAAAACUGCC